AUGACUUUCAAAGGGUCAAUUGAAGAGGACGAGUUUCGACCUAUCAGAGUACUCGAGGAACAGCUUGGAGACCAGGAAGAUGAAGAAUAUGAAGAAAAGCCGAAAAAGCUAUGGAAGCAGAAGAAGAUUGACAUGGCCGACUUCGAAAAACAGUAUCGACCACAUCAGUGCUUCGGCGACGGUGUCAAAGUCAACUGGGACCAAGAUGACAAGACCUUCAAGUUGUCUGGAACCUAUGGCUUGUGA